GCCCUCGCUCAUUUCCGAAAAAUAGAACGAGUCGACAACCCUCGAAACAUCGUUAAAUUGAGGAAAUUAAUAUCGGAAACAACAUCGGCCUGGGAAAAAUUGAAAAGAGCCGGAGUAGACGACCUUAGUCAUGAACAAUUCACAGACAUUGUGAGAGGAAAAUUUCCCCAAAUGAUAACAAAUAACAUGGUAAUGAUGGGCUGGAAUGUCACCAUCAAGGAAAUAAUUGACACAGCUAAAACAGUAUUGCAAAACAACGAAAGGACAUUCCUGGAAGAAUCCCUCCAUGAAAAACAACCCGAAGAAAAUUCGUGUCAUUACGUAAAUCGGGCAAACACGAAACAAAUAAACAAAGAAAGAUUUAAUCUAUCAAGAGCUUGUGUAUUCUGCCAAGGUCCCCAUGAAACAUUGUUCUGCAACAGCAGAAGGACCUCGAAUCAAUUUAAAUUGCAGAAAAUUGCUCAACACAAUUUGUGCUAUAAAUGUCUCAAACCGGGACAUACAAAGAAGACCUGUCGGUUAAACAUCUUUUGCAAUUAUGGACGAGCUCACGCUCCGACAAUUUGCGACUGUUAUAUGUCAAGAAUGAGAUAUCCUACAAGAAAUCAAGGGAUGUCAAGAUUCCGACAACAAAAAUGGCAAGAAGAACCAACAAUCACCCAUCCGCCAGCACAAACAAUGAACCGAAAUUUUCCACAAAGACCAAAAGCAUUAACAUAUGCACCACCACAAGUCGAUGAAUCAGCCCAAAUGAUGGAAUCAAACGCACAACCAGAGGAAGCUUCAUAUAAAGUGUCAACGAUAGAUAUGAAACAACCCACAAUCUUGACUACAAUCAACGGUAAAAGAUUCAAAACUCUUCUGGACUCGGGGUCAACAAUUAAUCUAAUGUCGAGAAAAAUUUCGGAAGAGAUCAAAGCCCGAGUUUUCCAAAAACAAAAUCCUGUACAAGUGAAAACGAUCGGUAAUUCAUUUCAACUACAGAAUAUGUGCGAAAUACCGGUACAAAUUGGAACGAAACAGGCGAAGUUACAAUUUCUUAUUAUCGAUGACAUGGCAAACAUUCUACUUCUGGGACUUGAAGCAUGGAAGAUAUUUGAAUUAUCCAUAAUAAGUGGCCGAGUAAUUUGCCAGAACGUAAAUAUUGAAAUGGUAAAACCGUGGAGAAUGAAACCGCUUAAUGACCUCUUCAGAGGAUGGAAUAAUAAAUUCGAAAAGGCUUAUUAUGUAGAAAGAGAGGAAGAAGAAGAAACCACAGAAAAUCAAGAAAAAUUGGAUCAUUUAUUGGCAAAAUAUCAAGACGUUUUCUCGAAAUCGAGCCAAGACAUUGGACAAAUUGAUUCAGAAAAAAUUCAAUAA